GACAUCAUGAACACCACCGACUUUCAUGGUUUGAUCCAAGGCUACUUGAACAGGACUGUACUACUAAACAAAGACUUACCACCAGAGGAUAAGGACUCCUCUACAGGAUGCUAUGAACAGCUGCUGAUAUCCACAGAGGUUUUCCUCACUCUGGGGAUUGUCAGCCUCCUGGAGAACAUCAUGGUCGUUGCAGCUAUCAUCAAAAACAAGAACCUGCACUCACCGAUGUACUUUUUCAUCUGCAGCCUCGCAGUCGCUGACAUGCUUGUGAGUGCCUCCAACGCUUCAGAGACCAUUGUGAUAGCGCUCAUCAAUGGAGGCAGCCUGACAAUCCCUGUGACACUAAUCAAAAGCAUGGACAAUGUGUUCGACUCGAUGAUCUGCAGCUCUCUGUUGGCAUCCAUAUGCAGCUUACUCGCCAUCGCCGUUGACCGUUACAUCACUAUUUUCUACGCACUUCGAUAUCACAACAUCGUAACUUUACGGAGAGCGAUGCUGGUCAUCAGCAGCAUCUGGACGUGCUGCAUCGUCUCUGGCAUCCUCUUCAUAAUCUACUCAGAGAGCACCACCGUGCUAAUCUGCCUCAUAACUAUGUUUUUCACCAUGCUCGUGCUCAUGGCAUCACUCUACGUGCACAUGUUCCUGCUGGCACGCCUGCACAUGAAGCGCAUCGCAGCUCUGCCGGGCAAUGCGCCCAUCCACCAGCGAGCCAACAUGAAGGGUGCUAUCACCCUCACCAUCCUCCUUGGGGUGUUUGUGGUGUGCUGGGCUCCUUUCUUUCUCCAUCUCAUCCUCAUGAUCACCUGCCCCAGGAACCCCUACUGCACUUGCUUCAUGUCCCACUUCAACAUGUACCUCAUUCUCAUCAUGUGCAACUCGGUCAUCGACCCCAUCAUCUACGCCUUUCGCAGCCAGGAGAUGAGGAAAACCUUCAAAGAGAUUUUCUGCUGCUCACAGGCACUCCUUUGUGUCUGA